GAUCAUGUGGUAUACAUAUGUAGUGAUCCUGCGCAGCUGUAACGCAUUCAUAAACAUUCGCGGGUAAAAUGGCGCUAUGGAAUAAAGUGGUUUCAGGAUUUGAUAGAGAAGAAGAAACUGUAAAUUUUGGGGUAAGAACGGUAGCAGAAAAUAAUGGUUCAUUAUAUGAAACUUCUACUCUUGCAACAAUACAAUCGACUGGAAAGUUACCAAGAGAACCAAAUAUCUUAGCAUCUGUGCAAUAUUCAAGAGUUUGUAUAGCAAUUGAUAAGUCAAUUACCAUAUUCGAGAAUGAAACGUGUGAAAAAAUACUAUUAAGUGUCAGUUUUGAAUUAUUAAUUACAUGUUAUUGUAUUUCUCAUAAUGGUAUAUUUUUAUUUGUUGCUUUAUCAAAUGGAACGUUAUAUUGUCUUCAUUUAUUAAAUAAAGGACAAGUAAUCUUUACAAAAAAUAUAACAAAACCUGAAAAUAAAAUAAUAGCAAUGUUUUUACAAAACAAAUCUGAUGAAUAUAUUGAUACAUAUCUUGCCACAAAAAAUGGAACUAUUUAUAGAGUAUUACAAUUUAAUUCUAAACUUAUUCAGUUGGCUCUUAUGAAUGAAAUUAGUAUUAAUGAUGCACUAAAAGAAAUAACAAAAGAAAUUAAAUGUGAACAGUUAUUUAAAGGAUUUUCCUCUGAUGAGGUAAUAUAUGCUACUGCAAGUAUGACAACUAGAGAAGUAUCAAUAGCUAUGUUAUGUUCAAAUAUGUUAUUUAUGUGGCCCAGUGAACAGCAUAUUAAUUUUAAUACAUUUCAUUAUAAUUAUAUUAAAGUCAAAUUUUUAAAAAACUACAUUGCAAUGCUAUGUUUACGUACAGAUUAUACUUUAAGUAUAAUAUGCCCUCAAACUCUACUUGGUACACAAGUAUAUUCUAAGCCUAUAUCAGAUUUUGCAAUUAUUGAAAAUAAUGAUAAUGGUAUAUGCCAAGUACUUGUAUUAACAUCUGAUAAUGAUUGUACUACGUAUAUGUUACAUGUGCUUUCUUAUCCAGAUUUCCAAGAAAAGUUUAAAAUAAAUGUACCACCUAUAACAUAUCUUAUUGAAAUUAUGGAUCCUUAUGAUGAAAUAAUUUUAUAUUUGGAAGGAAUUAAUAAUUUUACCAAUAAUGAAUAUAUAGAUACAGUUAGAGUAAAAGCUGUAUCAGAAAGUCUUCCUGAAUAUCAGUUACAACGUUUAGUGAGAAAAAAACAAUUUGAUGCAGCUGAAGCUUUUGCAUAUAAAUUUAAUUUAUCUACAGAUCCCAUUUAUUGUGCAAAAGCUGCAUUGCUCCUAUCACAACUUGGACCUUGGGCAAAAAAUACUUCUAGUCCUUUUCAAUUAGACAUGCUUUUUAAUAUAUUUGAUAAAAUAAAAGAUGUGCAAUAUGUGGUAGAAUGUUGUAGCAAAGCACUUAUACCUGAAUAUAAACAAAUGAGGAAAAUUAAUUUGUAUGCACGUUCAAGAAUAAUAGAAAGUAGUGCUGAAGAUAAUAAAUAUUUAAAUCUUCUUUCUUCGAUUAAUGAUAUAUUACAUAAGUUAGAAACUUUUCAUAUGAUUUGGGGCUAUCAAAGAAAUGUAGAAUGUUAUGAUGAAGAUAUUAUGAAUGAAUGGAUUAAAUUUUCACGGGCAAAUUUGAUGGAAGAAUACAAAACACAUUUGAGUUUGGGAGAAAUGGAAGCAGCUACUUUGAUUUGGACAAGACAUCUUCCAGAUAUAAUAAAACAUGUAUCCAUAGAAAUUGUAAAAGAUAUAUUUGCAAUUCUUCCGGAGAAGAUAUCCUUAGUUGCCCUUUGGAUAUGGUUAUCACACUUUAUUCCCAGUUUAUUGUCAUUUGUUCCUAAUGCAAUGUGUGAAAUUAUGCUCUGGGGUAUUAAAAAAGUAAAAUCAUUUGAACAGUUUUAUUGUUCAGAAUGGCCCCAGAUUGGAAUUGAUUUUAUAGAAAAGUUUAUAAAAUUAUUAAAAUUUGAAGAAAAUCAUCAUUCGUUAUAUUUUCAGCAAGAUUGUUUGAACAAAGAUUCCAAUUUAAAACAAUUGGUUUUUUUAAUGCAAGCUAUGUCUGAUAUUCAAAAAUUGAAAGUUGAUUAUAGAUUAGCAAUAUCUCUCAAUUCGUAUAUUGGAGAUCCUAUGGAAGUCUCAUAUAUAUUACUGGAUAAAAUACAUAUAAAUAUAAUCCAAGAAUUUAUAAAUACAUUUCUAAAACAAUACAUGUUGAAUAAUUCUCUGCAAAAUGAUUAUGUACUUUCUUCGUAUAUACAGAAAACUUUAAGGAAUUCUAAAAGUUGGUGGUCAGGUGAAGAAGCUCCAUGGGAAAAAAAAGCUAUUCUUAUUAUUGAUUUAAUUCAAGAUAUAGAGACUAAAUUACAACAAACAUUAGAGGUACUGAAAAAAGCUACAGUUCCAUGGUCUUCAACUAUUGUAACUUUAACAGAAACAAGCUAUAAUUUUGAUCAUAUUUUAAUAUCCCAAAUCAGAAUGGAACAUAAUUGUGUUCCAAUUAAACUUAUCUUAAAGAAAUAUGGAUAUGAACGCAUUGGUAUAAAUAAUAAAUUAAUACACUGUAUAAUAAAAGAAAAUCAUGAAAGCAUGAUAUCAGAUAUUGAACAAAUAACUAAAAAUGAUUUAUUAUCAAGGAAAAAAGCAUUUUCAUACUGUGUAAAUUACUACCUAGCUAGGGGGAAUUUUGAAAAUGUAACCAAGACAUUAAGUUCCUUAGAAAAUGACGUUUUAGUAUAUUGUUGUGUACAAAUCGUUAAUUACGUUAGAGCUAGUUUAACGCUAAAGGUCAUGCCAGAGUCUCUUGUACAUCACAUUGAGAUGUUGGGUUGGGUAAAAUUACAGUUAAAAAAGUUUUCAAAAACGUGUAAAAUCCAAUCACAUCAUUGCACUAACGUUAUUGAUAGUAUAAAUGAAAUAAAGUCAAUGUAUUUUUUAAAGAAAGAUUUUCAAAUUAAUGUUACACUUGAAGAGUAUCAAGAUAAGAAGAAGCAAAUAUUACAAAACUAUGUUAGAGGAUUGUGCGAUAUGAACAUAGAAAAAGAUGAAAACUUAUUUAUCUCUUAUAAAAAAGUUAUGAAGGUUGCUGACUUACUUAAAUUACAAAGAAUUGAUGCAAUAUCUACAUUAUUAGAGCAGACAAAAAAUAUAAACAUAUUAAAUUAUUUUAUUAGAUACAAAGAAGGACAAUUAAAUAUAAUGACACAUGAAUGUCAAUAUAUACAUAAAAUAUGUUUAUUUAUUAUGCAAGAUAUUACAAGAGAUGCAGAUGUUGCAGUUACAGUACAAAGCUUAAGUUCUGCUGCAUUAUGUGUAUGUUUAGAUGAUGAAUUACAAUCUAUGUUACUAUUGUAUACAUGGGCAAAUUUAUAUCAAAUGUGCUCUAAUAAAAAUCUUAGAUAUGAUUCGAAUUCAGUGGAUAUAAAGCAUGAAGAAUUAUCAAGAUCACAAUGGAAGUUGUAUACGAUAUAUAAAGAUUUAGCUAUCGCAACAGAUGAAUUUUUACUACCACUAUUUAAAAAUGCAAUCUCUAUACAGAGAAAUUAUAUGGCUAAAUUAAAACAUGAUAUAAAACACGUAUCAAGUGAUGCAACUGAUGAAUAUUAUGAUCAGCCAAAUGCAGAAGAACCUUUAAAGAACUUGCUCAAUAAAAUAAAGAAAUUAAGAGUGGAACAUAAUGAUUACUGCUUAUUGCAGAUUAUUAAAACAUUAUAUUUCGACUUUUGCAUUAUACAAAAUAUAAGUGAUAUUUUAUUAAUAGAAAUUAAAUCAGUAUAUUUUCAUCUUUCAAUGAUAUUAUUAAAAAAAAUAAUAUGUAGUCGAUCAUUUGAUCUUCAGCUUAGUUUAUCUUGCUUGUUUAUGUUGUCUGAUUCAGAAGCAUGUAAAUGGAUAUCUUCUGCUUGUAAAUCAUUUCAACCAGAUUACGCUCGCCAUUCAAGAAUAACAAUACUUGGAUAUGAAUAUUUUCAUUUGACAGGAAAUCAAAUAUGUCUGCAGACAUUUAAAAAUAAUAAAAUAUUGCAUUAUUGGACGCAAAAGUUGUCUAAAUAUUUAAUCUCAUAUAAAGAACUUUUAACAAGUGAUGCUACAAUUAAGAGAGAAAUAUUACAACGUAUUAUGAACUAUAAUGAUGACAUGGUUCCUUUGUUUCAAGAAUUUUGCUUUGAUUUUGGGUUUGAUAUUCAAGAUUGUUUAUUACUUUAUUUACAAACAGUAGUAAAAACAUGGAACCCAAAAUUAGAUAUAAAUAAUUACAAUGGGAAAAAAGAAUUGCAUAUUAAUGAGAAUGAAGUAAACGAAUUAAGAAAAAAAUGCAGUACGAUUGCUACUUAUAUCACAGAUAAAGUUGCCUUAAAGAACAGUGUUACAACUGUUUUAUCGCAAAUAAAUUUUUAUUAUUAUGAAGUAUUUAUAAUUCUUAUGGAUCUUAUAGAGGACAAAAAUAUAGAACAUAGAAAUUACUUUUGUUUCUUACAAAAUUAUACUCGUACUGGUUUAGCUACACAAAUAGAAUGUGAGGAGUGGAUGCAUCUCAACCCAGGAUAUACUUCUUUACCCCCUAUUGCAGAAUGGCGAUUACCUUUUCUGCCUAAAGUUGAAUUAUGGAAACUUAUAACUCCUGAAUUAAAUUUAAAGACUUACGAGAAAUGGUUAGAUAUUGCUCCUGUUCUUAAAUUACAACCUCAUAUUAUAUGUACUUUAGCCAUAAAAGGAGAAGUAACGUAUGCUUGGAAGAAUAAACACAAAAUGGAUAAAUGGUCUCUUUGUUCAAAAAAUAGUAGUUUGCUAGAUGAUAUAAAAAGAUGUAUAGAAAGAAUGACUGGUCCAGAUGCAUUGUAUUAUGGUACAGCAGCAUUAUAUUAUGUUGUCAAUCAUACACCACCAGGAGCUGAUCAAGUAGCAGCAAUUGAAGAGUGUUAUAAGUAUGCUCAGCUAUCAGCCCAGAAAUCUACAACGUUUGAAGAAGGAAUGCUAGAAAAAAUAAAAUUCAAAUAUUUACGUUUUACAUCGGAACAUGUUUUACGUGUACAUGGCUUAGACAACAAAAAUUAUUUGUCAUUAAUCGGAAACCCGAAUAAAUUAGUUCGUGAAUUAUAUGCAGAUGAAAGUAUACCUCAAAGAUAUCAACGUGUUACAAAUCAUAGACCUGAUAUAAAUACUGCUGUUAAUUCUCUCAGUCAGUUAUUCUCUAUCAAUGUGGUUAAACUACGGAUAGAAUUAUUACAGGAGUGGUUACAACCAGAUACUAAAUAUAUAAAAUUCAAUCAAAGUAUAACAGAAACAUUUUCGGUAACAACAAAUUCCGAAUCAACUCUAAAUUGUGAUGAUAAUUUAUUGAGAGCAUGCUACAUUUUAGAACAUGGAGACCUCGAAUUGUCAAUCAAUUUUCUUAUAAAUAUAAGUUUUGGUGAAAAAAAUGAAGAAUAUAGUCCUGAAACACGCUAUAGAUCUCUUCGUGUAUUACAAACUAUAGUCGAUACUGUUAAAUUGGAAGAUUUAACUAAACGCGAUUACCAAACAAUCAGAAAUUAUAUGAGAUCUUUGAAAUAUAUAAGUAAAUUAGAAUUAUUAGGGAUAGGUUACAGUAUAAAUACAUUUGAAACAUGUCCUAAAUAUGAACUUGUACAAAUUUUAUGGAAAACACAAAGUUAUUCAUCACAAACACUUAUUAUUAUUGCACAGCUUUGCAUAGAUUUUGAAAUAUAUGAAUAUUCUCUCUGGGAUAAAAAUUUAACUAAAUUAGCUAAAUUAUUAAUGAUUAAUGAAUUAAAAAAAAUUUUACUACAAAUACGAAAUAUAAGUAUUAUUGUAAAUUCUAAUGGAUAUCUAUUGGCAUGGGAAGUAAUAAUUUCAGAACCUUUCAGAAAAAUGGAUGUAAAUCCGACCUCUGAACAAAUUGAAAAAUGCAUUGAAGCUUUACAACUUUUAUAUUCAUGUCCAGUCGUACAUGGCUUAAAUUUCACUAAUAUCAUAAAAUAUUGUUUUCAGUGCCAACAAGAUCAUUUAGCACUUGCACUUUUACCAUUUUUAAACGAUGAUGAUACAAUAUUUGUUUUGGAAAAAAUUAAAUAUGCAUCUAGUAUUACUAAGGUAUUAAAAGAAUUAAAUAACUUAUAUUCAAAUGGGAUACUUUGUGUAGCUUAUUGUAAUAAAAUUAUAGAAGGUACACUAGCAAAAAUGAACAUUCAGUAAAAUACAAGAACUGUAUUUUAUAUAGAAUUAUUUUAAUAAAUAAAUUCUUUGUGAAUUUA